ACACAGAAUGUCUGAAUGCAUUAAUGUGUGUCGUUUACAAAUUAUAAUGUUGCGAGCGAUUCUUCGACUGAAAGCGACAAGUUACUCUGUUUAUGAGGAACCAUAAACGCUCAAAGUGUGCAAAAACAAAUGCGGAUAAGAUCAGCAUGACCCUGGCGUUGACCCCUGCAGCCGUGUGCCAGUGCUUCACGCUGGUGUCGCUGUGCACGUCUAUCGCGGAUCCCAACUGGAUCCAGGUCCAGAACUGCUCUGAUUCGAGCAGCAAACUCAUCUACGGUGUGGCCUUCACUCUACACGCGUAUCAGAACCUCACAGACACAGGUCCGUUGGGUGGGCUUCACGGAUGGGGAAUGUGGCUGCUGUACUCUCUAGCUGUUCUUUGCUACAGCGCCGUCCUGUUUUCCAGUUCCUCUUUCCUGCUGGAUUUCCUCGCAGCAGCUGGCACUCACUCAAAGCUGGUGACGUUACUGCACGUCUCUACAGCGUUCUUCUGCGUGGCGGUUUUGGCUGUGUGUGCGGCCUGUAUGAGUGUGAUUGAACACAACCUGCAGCGAGGGAAGACUGAAAGCCACCCGGCCCUCUGCAUGUCUGCAGGAGAAAGCUUUUACAUCGAGAUGGUGGGCCUGUUCUUCUCCGUCAUAGCGUGCACUUUGGCCCUCAAGGGUCGUCCUGAACCCAUCAGGCCCCGUGAGUACCUGAGCGUGGAUGGAGCGGACAGCGACACGGAGCCUUUGAUUGGUGGAGCUGAGAGGCAGGAGUAAACAGACAGGGUUAUGCACUUCAUUUCUAAUGACAGAACACUGAAGAAGAGCUGCUGUGUGAUCUGGUGAUCUCCGGAGUGUGUGCAGAAUUUAAGAAUCGGCUCCUUUCGGUUCAUGAGUGUGAAUUUGAAUUGAAUUGAUCACAGCAUACAGG